AUGUGGUUAUCAGUAGUGAGUGUGGUGCUAUUCCUGUUCAUUUUAUGGAUGCUUGCAGUCAAACUCUAUGGACAGACAAACAGAGGAAGAAAUGGAGAUGCCAAAACAACCAACAGAACUGAAGGCACUGUGCCCAAACUCCUGCAUUUCCUAUCUCAGCGCUUCCUUAGUCCUCUUUCUCCAUCUCUUCCUGGACCUCCCUCUCUCCCUUGUCUGGGCAACAUGCUGGAUCUCGCCCGAGAUCAUCUGCCAAUUCACCUAACUUCACUGGCACAUCGCUAUGGAAAAAUCUAUAGGCUUAACUGUGGUAGCACAACCAUGGUGAUAUUAAAUGAUAGUGAGGUUAUCCGCGAAGCUCUGUUGAAAAAAUGGUCUGACUUUGCUGGGAGGCCUCAAUCAUAUACCGGUGAUAUAGUGUCAGGUGGAGGGCGUUUGAUUUCAUUAGGUGAUUACAGUGAGGAAUGGAAGGCUCACAGGCGUGUGAUCCACAGUGCUCUACAACACUGCACAACAGAAUAUCUGCACUCUGUCAUAGAAAAACAAGCACAUCAUCUUUGCCAGGUGUUGCAGGACUACAGUGGAAGGGCUGUGGAUCUAUCUGAAGAUUUUACUGUGGCUGCCAGUAAUGUCAUCACAACAUUAACCUUUGGCAAAUCUUAUGAUAAGAGUUCAGAAGAUCUGCAAAAGCUGCAGAACUGUCUAAAUGAGAUUGUGUCUCUGUGGGGGUCACCCUGGAUCUCAGCGCUGGACUCUUUCCCUCUGCUUAGGAAAUUACCAAACCCCCCUUUCUCACGUCUCAUGAAGGAGGUAGCUAGGCGCGAUGAGCUCAUUGGGAAACACAUAGAGGAGUUCAAGAAAAGUAGGAAUGAAGAAGGUGGCAUCCUGACUUCCUCACUGCUGCAGUGCCUAGAACCAACACAAGGGGCAGCAAAUAGGAUGACUCUGACAGACACUGAUGUGCACAUGACCACAGUGGAUCUGUUGAUUGGAGGAACAGAAACAACAGCUGCCAUGCUCAACUGGACUGUAGCCUUCCUUUUACACAGACCUGAGGUUCAGGAUAAAGUGUUUGAGGAGCUGUGUGGUGUGCUGGAGGUGCGGUAUCCUCAGUACAGUGACAGACACCGACUGCCGUAUCUGUGUGCACUAAUCAGUGAGAUGUUGAGGCUACGGCCUGUAGCUCCACUCGCCGUGCCUCACAGAGCCAUACGAAACAGCAGUAUUGCAGGGCAUUUCAUCCCUAAGAAUACAAUAAUCAUUCCUAACCUAUAUGGAGCCCACCACAACCCAGAGGUUUGGGCUGAUCCAUACAGCUUUAAACCAGAGCGCUUUUUGGAAGGUGGUGGCGGGUCCACUCGUGCCCUGGUUCCUUUUGGAGGGGGAGCCCGCCUGUGUUUGGGGGAGGCCAUUGCCAAAAUGGAGCUAUUUCUCUUCACGGCUUAUCUGCUGCGGGACUUUCAGUUCCUGCCAGCCAACAAAGAGGAGCCUCUGCCUGACCUGCGAGGCGUGGCCAGUGUGGUUCUUAAAGUUAAACCGUACCCAGUUAUAGCACACCCAAGGGAACAGUAA